AUGGGUGACAUUGCCGGUGCCGCAUGUGUAGCGGACACAGAAGCUGAAGAAUCUGAAGAGGUGAUAUGGAGGCCGGAUCGGCAAGAGAAUCUCUUGAAUGAGCGACCCAGCAUGGUUGAAAGAUCUCAAGAACGAGGAACCGAGGAAGGUAUUCGAGAACGACGAGAAAUCGCAACACAAAGGUUCAGAUCGUUCAGAAAAAGGACAGCCAUUCAAAAAAAUCCUUACAAACUGGACAGAAUACGGCACAAACAGUUGCUGAAAGGAUUCGAGUUUCAAAAGGAGUCUGCAGAUCAGAAAUCGAAGGAAAGGUACGAUGAGUGGAAUGACGCAGAUAAUAUUUUAUCGCAGGACGCCGAAUGGCAAGAAGGUGUGGGUAACGCUCAGGAGCCUGAAUUAGAGGAUACUUAUUCUAAAGCGAGUCCAGUUCGAGAAUGCGAGAGCAUCUCUGAAGAUGAAGGUCCGGUGUACUACAGGGGCAAACACGUAAGUCUGCAAACCGGAUUUCGGGGCAUUUUGCCCAGAGUGAUGUGGAAAAGGGCCCUAGAAGACGAUAGAAAAUCAGAACCAACUCGUUUUCAGCGGUCCAAAAAAGAGGGGAAAGGUAUCGCGAAGCGGAAAGUGACGAACAAACGACAUGGUCUAGCCAACUCCUCACUAGAUGACAAAUUGUUCUUGGCGGACGAUCUAGUGGGUAGUGAAAGCGAAGCUAUAAUGGGCAACUUUGACCUCGAAAAGCUCGACAACGAGUACAUGGAAACAUUAGGAAAUCAAUUAGAGGACAAGUAUGGCAAUUCAUACGCAUUUGAUGAUUUGUCGGAUGAUGCAGAACUGCCAGAUAGCGAAGUAAGAACCUUCCUAACCCAGGAAGAUGUGAAAACAUACUCAACACAGAAACGGCUAUCACAACCCGGUGUUCCAUCUCUUUCAUCAAAAUCUUCUGACUCUGACUUGGAGAUUAUAGAAGAAAGGCAGCGCUCGAUGAAAGGUGCUGAUAAUAUCAUUGACGCCAUGUUAAGUGCAAGGGGACGUGAUGGUCAAUCACGGGAAACCCGAAAACAGCGAGCAGCUUUGCCACAAAACGUGAGGCAAUCGAACGGAUCGAAAGCUCCUGACAAGAACAAGCGAAGGAGGAAACUAGUGAACAGCAUAUCAUCUGGAGGAGGCACAAGAUCGAGGAAGUCAAAGUACAGCGUCCUCAAGAGGUCUGUAAGGCGUUCCCACACCGCUCAUUCUGGUACCAUUAUAGCCCGCCCGCCGGAUAGUAUUCAGCCUGACCUUGUUGACCAGAGUGAGAGAAGCGAUGCCACCAAGGCAGUCAUGAAGAAGAAGGAACUAAGCAUUGAUAGUCUAGAAAGGUUUGUCUUUUCAUCAACAAAAGUAAGGGUACCGACUUUUGACACUGCUGUCGAAGAGGAGGGAGACAGAUUUACAAUAAUAAAAAAGGUAGGGAAGAAUAAUGGAAACAUCGCUCCUGCCCGAACUGAAACUACAGAUCAUUCGGAACCGUCCUCUACAGCACAGUCUCCCUUGAUGUCCGUAUUAUGUGGUGACAAACCAGCCGGACCACAAAGUGUGGACUUCACUCUCUCAGGAAAGCCCUACAGGAUCUCCAUGUAUGACACGAAUCUAGCCUCGAGUCUCGAGGCAAUGUUUCACCAUAUUGUUGAAAAAGGCGGUUCCGACUCAGAAAUAUACUCCAUGAACAACCUUAUUGUACCACUCUUGAGCCAGUUGGAUGCUCCUGGCUUAUGGGCCGUUGUUGAUAACUUUCACAGAACUUUCAGGUCAAAAGCAAAUCUUUUGAGAAAUCGUGCUAAGCCUAUACACUUUUAUCAAAUAGCUGCUUGCCUGGUCAUGCUGAAUGAGAUACGAUGUUAUUCUAGUGUCUCGAAGUUGUUAGCCGCCGAAAUUAUGAACAAAAUUCUUGAUCACAUAGUCUCCUUUUUCAAAUUGGUCUCAAAAUCACACCUCACAAAUUUGGACGACGAUCUGCUCAAAGAGUCUUAUGCUUUAAUGGCUACUCUGAUCAAAGAAGCUAAUAAAGGUCAAGAACUUUGGGAUAGGAUUCGUGCUUUGUCAUUCCCCUCAAAUGUUGCACUGAUAAUUUUGCGAGAAUUUCCUAGUGGGGAAACCUGUUGGCAGAUGGCAGAGAUAGAGCCAUCCUAUGAGGGGGCUCAUGACUGGAUUCAAUUGAUAUUCUUCUCCGUCGCUCAUCGCAAUUGGCAUGCUGAUGGAAUUUUGAUUCAAAAAUUCUACGAUUUCUACAAAGCGCGGAAAUUUCAGAACUUUCCUGAGGAGAAAUCUAUUGAAUCAAAACCACUCCUCAUCGGUGCACCUACAUGGGGCAAGUCGGCGAAGACAGUCUUCAAUGUGUUCAUUGACCUCAUUGCAUCAUGUCAACUGUCUGCCGUUCAAAUGGAGCGAAUAACACCAAUAGGUCAAAUAGUGUCAUUGCAUUCACCUGGCCUACUAGCUAACCGCAUAAAUUUAUUACUAGUGCUUGCAGAGCAUGCUGAAUCGAGCUACGAGCAGAAACUAGAGGAUCUUUGCUAUCCAUACAUUGAGGCGAACAACGAAAAGGUACUCGAUUUAGAAGGAACAUUUGAACUGAUAUUAACAGGAUUUUGGUGUCUUUUGCGUGUAAAUGCGAGCAAGAACCUAACUACGAAGGCAAAAAUUGCUUUUCUUGCGCUCCAGCAGAUAGUCAGAUACCGCGGAACAAAUGUUGCCAGAAUAUUAGGUGAGUUUUUCAAACGACUUUACUCGAUAGCACCUUCGCUAGGGAAGUCGAUGCCAUUUGUGUUGAAAUCGCUUUACCCAGCCCUGAUGUUCCUGAUCAAAGUGAAGGAAAAGGUCGAACUUGUUCCUCUCCUAAAGUUUUUCGGCCAGAACCUUCAUCUGUUAGAUGUGACAUGGGUCAUGACCCACCUGCAUCAGGUCUUUUCAGAUUUAGCUGAUGAUGACGACCACCUUUUUCAAUUCUACUUUAUCAUUACAAAGCUCCUUGCUUCAAGAAAGGUCAUAACCUGGUGGUCUGUCUUGAACUAUAACAACAUACUCAAUGCAUCAAAAAAGCAUUACGUUCGUUUUUGUACCCUUGUCGUUCAGAAUUGUGACGAACAUUCGUUCCUCCAAAUCAGGCACAAGCUUUUGCAGACUGUUGUUGACGUUUUAUUCGAACCUGUUGAUAUUGUGUUCGUUAAGUUCUUAAAAGCACUUUCUCGACGGGAUAGCGAAUUUGAGGUACACGGAAAUCUCUCGUACCUAGCAAGCAGCUUAGAAGUGGCUACGGGUGCUUUAAGCGCUUUUAAGAAAGUCAAGGACCACUCUUACAUGGAAAGCCUAGUCACAAAACUCAAAGACCAACUACUUUUCAAACCAGCCAGCAAGCCACUUGUAAUGGUGCUGACCAAUAUCCUUAACCUGAAUUUUGUUGACAUCAUGAAAACAAAUCCCAACUUUCUUCACCUCAAAAGCCAGUUCAAUAUUUCCGACACUGAAACCCAAAAAAGUGUUUUCCGAGAAAUUCUAUCUUCCCAGAAGGGUGAGCUUGAGAGAGCCUUGUUCAUAGAAGAAGAGUUUCUCAAAAUAGCCAUCCAAGGAUCGUCUUUAUCUCUUUUCCUUGAAAAACUGGAAUCCUCUAUGGGCGCGAACAUUUUUUUCAAUGAUUAUCUCUUUUUUUGUCAAUUGAUUGAGGCGAAUGCAUCCAUGGAGGGGGAAAGUCGAACCGAGGUUCAGUGGUUUGUUCUGCUAACCUUGGUUCGAUUUGUUAAUAGACAUCUUGACAGAUACCACUCCCAGAUCAACUCAGCCGACUUUUCGGCUCUUUACCAAUUGCAUUCCUAUAUUUGUUCCACACAUCGGUGGUCACACAUGAGAUCCUUCAUAAGCUCGUGUGAGGGUGAAUUCUACUACGAGAUAUCUCUUUUUUUCAUGCGAAACCUUUUCAUAUCAUCGGGAUUUAUUGAGUAUGAGAUCCUUACUGCAAAGUGCAGAUCAUUCCUCGGCAACACUGCGCCCUUAGUUCACCGGUCGGGCGACGACGCCUCAUUUUAUCCAGUGAAGAGACUUUUGCAGAAAUACGGUCCCUCAAUACAUUCGAACUUUCACAAAACUACUGACUGUUCUGACCUUCAAAACGCGACCAAGGAGUGCCACACAAAAUUAAGUGCCUUACUCCAAUGA